CGCUUCCACCCUCGCACUGGUACUUGAGUGACGGUGGUGACGAAGGUUAAACUUGGGAGAAAGAGGAUUGCUUCCCUUGCCGGCUCGGAGGCCGCGUUUACCCUUCCGUUUGGCUGUGCGCUGUAUCCUCCUCGUUCUGAAACUGGAGGCAAUAGAUCGAGCUUGGGCUGCUGUCGUUUAUUAAUAGUUGAUCCAUAUUUUUUGGAGAAGGUUGCUAGAAAGUCUCGGGAAUAACUUUGGUUUACUUCCUUCUCUGGUGGUGUUCAGGAUUGGUGCUCCUUCCUACCUACCGGUGCUAACGAUUUUUUGUUUUGUUUUGUUUUUGUUUUUUAAAAUUUCCUCUUAAUCUAGGCUCCUCAAGCCAUUCUGGUGAAGCAUUUGGCAGAAAUAGGGAAAACAUCUCUGCUGUAGGUCAUUUUGCAUAGCUUUCCUAGUAGCAUCGACUGUCUCCUGCUGCACUGAGUGGUCUUGGGUAGUCUGUACUGGGACAGCCUUGCCUGUGUGGCCUUUGGGAAGACACCAACACACCUUUGUUUACUUCCAGCGUUGCCCUUCUCCAGAAUUCCUAAGGAGGACUAAGCUCCAAUAAGUUGCUGCGUACUUAACAUUUUUGUCUACCUUUCCAAUAGAUUCUUUGGUGUGAAUAAGUACUCGGGAAGAUCAGCUGACUGCGCCCAGACGCAUGCUGUAUUAGGGGGUAGGGCCAUGGCAGCGCCUCUCCCAGAUAUGGAGUCAUUUGGUGAUCCAUCAAGUUCUUCAGUCAGUACCUCUAGAGACUCAGCUGUGGAUGAUGAUGACGUCGUGUUUAUUGAAUCAAUACAGCCUCCAGUUUGUGUUCCAGCAGUCAUUAAUGAAAGAAGCUUUGUAUUUGCAUCUUCAAAACAUGAAAAUCCACGGGGAAAUUAUUCCAUAAUUCCCCCUUCUUCAAGAGAUUUGACAUCUCAGAAGGGGAAUAUAUGUGAAACAAUUGUAAUUGAUGAUGAAGGGGACACAGAAAUAAGUGGAAGGGAGGAGAAAAAGCCUACCGAUUUUAUCCUACCUCAUGGAAAUAAAAGUAGUGCCAAAAAUCUGGAUUUCUCCAUUUCCAGUUUAUCAAGAAGUAAGACCAAGACUGCAGUAGAACCUUUUAAUCCUGGUAGGAUUGAUGUCACAGAUGUGCUUCAGAAUGGAAGAAUUGCAGCUCAUCUCAAUCCUGAUUCUUGGAUCUCCCAGUCAGCAUCAUUUCCUCGUAACCAGAAACAACAAGGGGUGGAUUCUUUAUCACCAGUGGCCUCACUUCCUAAACAGAAUUUCCAGCCCUCAAACCAACAGCAUCUUACUAAACCUGCUAAAAUCACUUGUGCAAACUGCAAAAAUCCUCUACAGAAGGGGCAGACAGCUUAUCAACGAAAAGGAUCAGCUCACCUCUUCUGUUCAACCACCUGCCUUUCUUCUUUCUCUCAUAAACGUACUCGAAAGACAAGGAAUAUAACAUGUAAAAAAGAGUCUCCUAUGAGGACAGCAAUGAAGGCCCCUCCAGUAGAGUCAAGCAAGUCUUUCCCAGAGUUCUAUAGUGCAUCUCUGUCUCCUCAUGAAGACCACCAGAGUCUUAGAAAAGACGUUUAUAUUAAGUCAAGAUGUAUAAUCUGUAAUAAAUUAGGAGAGGUUCGCCAUGAAAUCAGUAUUAACCAUGUAACACAUAAAUUGUGCAGUAACAAUUGCUUUAAUGAAUACAGACUGACCAAUGGUCUGAUAAUGAACUGCUGUGAACAGUGUGGCAAGUAUAUGCCCAAGAAUACUGGACACAGCAUCCUGAUUACAGGUCAGCAGAAGAGAUUCUGCUGCCAGGACUGUGCCAACGUAUAUAAAGAGAUAAUGGAAACAAAAUCAAAAAUACUACUUUUACAAAAUAGGAAAAGGAAAGCUAUCCUAGAAGAAAAUGAAAGAAAGUUACAAGAAUCAUCAAAUACACUUUUGGAAAAAACACAAGAAAUACCAGAAAAAAAGGAAAAGAUUUCAGAGAUAAUAGAAGUUGCAGCAGAAUGUAGCCUGGAUAUAUCAUCGAAGGAGCAAAGUGAGAAUUUACUUUCUUCUGUGACAGCAGCCCCUGAUACGUUUCAAGAGCAACUGGGAGACAAAAAUUCAGAAGAAUUUGCUUUGUCAACUGUACUUUCUUCAGAUCCAGGUUCAUGGCCCCAAAUUUUGGAUAUUAAACAGCGUGAUUUUCUUGUAAAAAAUGAUCCACCUCAAAUAAGAAACUGUAAUUUUCCAAAAGAUAGCACAGGGAGGAAGUUUUCAGAAACAUACUACACACGAAUUCUUCCAAGCGGUGAGAAGGCCACCAGAUCCUGGCUACUUUAUUCAGUCUCUAAAGACUCUGUGUUUUGCCUAUAUUGCAGACUCUUUGGGGAAGGGAAAAAUCAGCUGAGAAAUGAGAAUGGGUGCAAAGAUUGGCAGCAUUUGUCACAUAUCCUUAGUAAACAUGAAGAAAGUGAGAUGCACAUCAACAAUAGUGCUAAGUAUUCAAAGUUAAAAUCUACCUUGAACGGUAAAUGCAGUGAAGCUGUAGAACAUCCGUAUUGUGAAGGUGGGGAAAAUGGUGUGCUCCUGCUGUAUACGUAAAGCCUGUCUGCUCCAGAUGCUGCAGGGUCUGCCUCACCCAGAAGAGUUUUGUACCUGGAGCCAGCACCACUGUGGUGUUUUAAAGUGGAGGGAUUUACAGGAGUUUAUUAGCAUUGUGUCUGAUAGCAAACAAAUAGUAAAAAUGUUCCUGUUUCAGAUGUAAAAGCAUCAUUCAAUUGGAGUGAAUAGUGAUUCUUACAGAUUUUUAGUAAAAGCAGUUUGAGUUUUGUCACUCUGAGGGUUCUCACUCUGUAAAGUUGUUCUUAGAGGACUUCCACUUAAUGACCUAAAAGCAAGAAAAGACAAGCUGUAUAUGUAAUAAUCUAAAGAAAAUAUAUUCAGGCAAGGCACUGAUGGCUUACACCUUUAAUCCCAGUACUCAGAGGCAGGGAUGGGAAGAUCUCUUGAGUUCAAGACCAGCCUAGUUUACAGAGUGAGUUCUAGAACAGCCAGAGCUCCAUAAGAAACCCUGUCUCACAAAACAAAAACAAACAAGCUAUAUAUACAUUCAAGAAGCUUAAGAACAGAAAAUGAUCUGAAGCUACAGUUAUUUGCUAUUAAACCAAAUUGUUCUUUACAUGUUUUUCUAUUUGAGCAAAACAGUUCGCUUGUUACAGUAAGUAAAGGUAAUUUGUAUUUUAUAUUUUGUUUUCAAUUUCAUAUGUAAAUAUUUUAGCUUUUAUUAUGAAAAUUACAAAAAAUAUAUAGCUAUCUUAUGUUAGUAUGACUGUAAGAAACAUUAAAAAUAUGUGUGUAUAUUUAAA